CUGCUCCUUCUCCUCCUGGAACGCAUCCGCGUGCGCCGUCACGUCGCGGGACAUGAGCCGCGCGACGACGUUGCUCGUGGGGUCUAGUGGAAGGAGGUCCAAGGCCACCUGUCCGAAAGCCGCCCACGUUCGAUACCUCUGGUCGGGGUGACGUCCCCGUGAUAAGGAUUGAAAACGCACGCUGGCAGCGUUCAAAGGUCUGCGGCGGUGCCGUAGCCGCUCAGUUCGCGAUUGGCCCGCCGAACUUCGGGUGCCAUGUACAUGGGUGCGCCGACGAGCGUGGUGCACGAUGUCGGCGUCUUCGAAACUUGGAUCUGGGAUGGACCCCCUCCUCCCUGGCGUGGAGCGCACCAGGGGCGGCGCUGAUGGCGCCGCCAAGGGGGCCAUGGCGACCGAAACUCAAAGAAGAACGAACAACCUCGUCCAAGGAGGCAACUCGCUGCCAUGCAAGCCGUGCCUUACCGAACCCGUCUGUCUUCCAGGGGCUCACAUGGCGCGUCGCUGGCGUGGGCGGCGACGGCAGGGAGGCCCGGUGAGGUGCAGCGCGUGCGACGAAGACCAACCAGCUUCGGUGGUCACCAUGUCGGUGCGCCAGAUUCGGGCAGGGACAUGCUCGGCAUCUCCCUACGCUCUGGUAGAGUUUCUCUGUGCACGGAGCAACUGAAGCUAGGAGUAGGACGGGCGCAAGCUGCCACCAAAAAUCCCGGGAGCUGGCUCAUGGGGGGACAUCGACUUGGAAUCGCAAUUCCGUGUCGCAGGAGUUCCCGACGUCCACUGGCCUUCAACAGGCGUGCUUAGAUCAGAACUUGUUCGGAGUGCGCAUGGUCGUCCACGAUGCACGGGGCCUGUGAGCAAUCACAGAAAUCGCAGCAGACCUGGUCAUGCAGUAUCAGCAGCCCACAAGUGUCGCACUGGCCGCAGACCAUGCCCUCGAGCUUCACCUCGCAUGUCCUCUGGUUAAGAUGCUUCCGCACCCUGUUCAGGGAGUGCAGAGCACCGUGCAGCCAGCAGCAGGCACUGCCCGACGUCGAAACGUUCCACUUCAACAUCAACUCUAGCAGCGCGAGUGUCUGCGUGCGCAGCGGCGUCGGCUUGUACCCGGGGUGCGUCAGCUGCGCCUGCGCGCACGCGCUGUGGCUCCCGAGCGGCGGUGCCGCGGCGCCGUUCGAGGCCUCUCCAGUCUGCAGCACCUCGUGCUCCUGCACUGGGGGCAGGUCCCUGGAGCCCGUGCAGGAAACGAGCGAGCCAACGCUGAUGCUGCUGAUCUGCCUCACCUCCACCACGCCGAGGAACUCCUCGAGCCCGUCGUUCUUGGCCGCGGCGUCCGCGGAAUCGGGCAUGGCUGCGCCCUGGCCCUGUGACCUCCUGCCCCCGCCGUUAGGCCCCCUGACGUCCAGCUGCUCGAUCACCGCAUCCAUGGCCCCGCUGACGACGUGGCCCAAAACCAGGGACAGCUUGCGGCUGGCCUGCCGCACCGAAGGGCGCAGCGCGGGCUUCACCUGGGUGCACUGCUCCACCAGCGGCCGGCAGGCGUCCGAGAUCUCGUUGGCGGGCAUGGGCCACUGCAGCUUGGGCGGCUGCCCGCCCCGCAGCCACUUGGCCACCUGCGCGGCCCGCUUGCCCUCGAAGGGCAGGAGCCCUGUCGCGAUGAAGUGCGUCAGCAACCCGAAGGAGUAGCAGUCGGCGGCCGUGUCGGGGGGGACGCGCGAGAACAACUCUGGAGCCAUCCACCGGAGCGUGCCGCCGAGAGGCCUGGCACUCCGGGUGAGGAUCCGCGACAGGCCAAAGUCGAGCAGCUUGGCGCGGUGCGAGAUCCCCCCGAUCCUGCUGUGCCGCUCCUCGACGAAGACGUUGGAGUCCUUCAGGUCGGCGUGGACGACGACGGGCUCCCUCGAGUGCAGGUAGCACAGCGCAUGCAGGAUGUCAAAGAUGAGCACGGACCUCACGGAGAUACUGCUCGCCAAUGCCCCGACUUCCGAGGCUCCACCGCGCGGCCCCCCCGGCCCCUGGCGGACGCUUCGCCACUGCUCGAUGAUGGGCCACGGAGGAACGCGCCCAGGGACACACCGUCCACGAACUCGAGCACCAGGCACAGCCUGCUCAGGGCCUCGUCCGUGCACGCUCCGUACAAGAACGCGAUGUUGGGGUGGCGGAUGCGGCGGAGGAUCCUCAGCUCGUUGCAGAGCUCGGACCAUGUCGAGGAGAUGGCGCCUCUCCGCGCGAUGUCCCGCCUCGGCGUCUUCACCGCCACGAUCGUGUUGUGGUACAGGCCCGGCGCGACGAUGCCGAAGCCGCCCUCGCCGAGGACCCUGCCGGGCAGGAUCUGCACCUCCUCGUUGGCAAUGAGCCACUGCUCCCGCAGGCCGAUCGCGCGGAUCUGGCCCAGCGUCGCGCUCUCCACGCUGCCGUCGAACGCCGCUGCGCUCAUCGUCGUCCCCGGGCGCGACAGCCCGACAGACCGCUCGGAGCCGGCGUCCUCUGCCCUCGCCGCCGCCUCGUCGCUGCCCACCCUGGACAGCUGGAACUCGGCCUGGAACCGCAUCUUCUUCUCCGACAGGAGCCCUGCAAAGAGCUGGCGCUCCUGCCUCUCGAAGGCCCGCUUCCCGAAGGCCGCGACGAGCGUGAGCAUGAGGAUCGCGAGGCCGUUGAACGGGACCAUGUUUGUGGCUGGGCUGCCGAGCAGCACCGCGGGCACGGCGUAGGCCAGAAUCGCAAUCACUUCCAAGGGGGCGAGCACGAACCAGCGGAUGGGCAUGAGCCAGUGCACGACGGUGACAACCAUAUCGAUGUACAGUAUAAGGGAGCCGUCGGUGGGGCCCAAGUCCACGCCCCAAAUGGCCUCCGCGUCGCGGUGGCCGAACAAUCGAGCAAUGUAGUGCUUCGGAAUGGCCCCGGUAAGCAUCAUGAAGCAGCUUGCUGCAGAAACAACAAGGAUCUCCAACGCCAGGGUACUGGCAAACUUUUGCUUGGCAAUGAAUAUCCCAGCUCCGAGGGCGAGGAUCCCGGCCACGUGGAUGCCCACAAGGAUGAACAUCUGCCACUUCCUGAGCUCCCGAGCCUCCUCUGUAAGGUACUGGGAGUUGUCCCAGAACCUGUGGAGAAGCAGGCUCAUCAGGCCCUCAACCGCAAGUAUCCUGGCCCCAUACGUCAUGCUGUGGGCCAGCCGCUCCUUGUGGAGGCUCGCGAAGCCCUCCUCCUGCCUCGGGUCCGCGAACUUCAGUGUCAGGCGGCCGAUGCCGUUCUUGAGCCGCGCCCGCCUGCGGUGCGGGCACUGCCUGCCGCAGCACGCUGCCCUCCUGCGCCCCUCCGCGGGUGGAGCCACCAUGAAGACCGAUCGGUACUCGUGAUGUUGCUUAUGUCGAUGCGAGCACUCCGCCCACACGAGCGCUCACUCAGCUGACACGGUGUCGACAGACUGGCUUCGAGCCACCACGCUGAGCCAGCGUGGCGUGAGCCCAGAUGGCCCAGAUGGCUCGAGCCAGAAUGCCACCUGAUGUAAAACAA